AUGACUGAUCUAUGUAACAAUACGACAUUGGCUACCAACACUGAUGUUACCGAUGAUACUUGGAAUAUGGACGCUUUUAAGAGAAUUUUAUUGAUUCAUAGAUAUUGCCAGCAGUUCAAUGCCGCGGUUAAUGAUUUCAAUAAUAGAAUUAACCAGAAGUUACUUGUGAUAUUGCUAUUUCUUAGCUGGCCACAAACGAGAUGCGCGGAGGACGUCGACGCGAAAGGGGAAGAGAUCUUCGAUCAGCUCGCGAUCGCGUCGGAAAACGUGAUGUAUACUCUGAGACAUUCGAAUGCGACUUCGAAGAAUCUCAGAGCGCACCUGCCAAGCGUCCCGUCGUUUAUAGACGCGACGGUGCGCUAUGAAAAUUCCAACGGUUUCAUACCCAUCGCACCGCCUACGACUGACACUCCGUCGUACGACGAAGACAGCAACACGACGAACGCCGUAAGUGCUCGAGAGAGCUCCAGCACGGAUCGGAAAAAAUUCGAAGACGACUUAGCGUACUCCUCGGAAGCGAGGAUCUUCCUGAAUCUCCCUGGACCGCUGACGAAUCGCAGGUCUUUCGAUUUGCAGGAGAGUCCGAGUGAGUUUGAGCUGCUGAAGGUCAACAACGACACCCCCGCAGUAGCCAAUUACCGGGAAUUCUAUGAGAACCUGCGCGGCACCGUGAACGGAGAAACCGACGGCGAGCCGGACGCCGGGGGUGCUUCGGCGCACGUAAACGGAGAAAGGGGGAAGAGAGUCGAGAGCUACAUGCGCAAUUAUAGUCGACAGUCGCACCAGGCGAAAAAUCAAGAUCCGUACGUUCGGUACUACUCGUACAGCGACGGGCAAGAUGCGAAGAAACUUACUUACGAACCGGAGAAAGUCCCCGGCAAUCAUCGCCAGCAGGAUGCCGCGAACUACGACGGUCACGGGCAGAGCGCUGUCAGACAGAAUGUCGCAACGGUCUCGUCCUCAUCAAGGACGAAUUACGGGGUGAACGGACUCACGCACAGCGGCACCCAAGACGGAACUUAUGACAAUGUGGCGGAGUCGUCCCGGGCGCGUAACAAAUUCUCCAGGCCGGUCGUGGUCGCCGAGCCGAGCGACUACAAGGUGGAGGCAAAGUUCAGCGGCGAAGCGGAGAACGAUUUUAAAACUUCGCGGAACUUGGAGUCCUCCAGCUCGGAGACGUCGAGUCACUACGACGCUUACAACGACAACAGACAGCGUAGUUACCAUCGCACGGAGGACUCGAGGAAUUUCUCGGACGAGAGCUCGGAUUACCCCGAUUACCUCGAGCGGCCCAGAAGACUGCAAAAUACUCGAAGACGACCGGAUUCCACGAGAAAGCUGCCGAAGGAACACCGAGGCACGCUGGCCAACAGCGAGGAACAGCACGGCUACGACGCCUUUAAACUGAGAUCCCAGCGGUACCGGGCGAAAGUGAAUCCAUGGGGCAAUGACGCCGGCAUGAAUCAUCAAGAUGAGAGCGUGGAAGACGUCAGACACGAUACCAGAUACGACGCCAGAGUCAGCGGCACAGAGGCCAAGAUCACCAAGGUGCAUCACUUGUCCAGGCCGAAGAACAGCAACACGUGGAGUCAGCUAUCGCCGAAUCUCGAGAUCUCUCAUUCCAACGGCAUUGAGCUCGAUCAGAUGGAGAAGCCGAAGUACGUCCUUCCCGUGAAGGUGAAUUUCCUGCCUGUGGCGAACUUCGACCAUGCGACCGCGCUGGGCAACAGUCAAGGCUUCGACGUCUCGAACGCCCUCCUGCAGAGCAUGGUGACCGCCUCGCCGAUCGGCGCGUACACCACGAGCGCUCCUCUCCUGAGCACAGCGUCCUCCAUCCUCGGUCAGAACCUGGCAAUGUCCACGUCGGUGCCCGACAUCAUCGUCGGGCAGAACUCUUUGCAGAAUCCCGUGCACGCUGUCGUGCUUUCGCAGACGAACGGGCAGAACAAAAUCGCGGACACGGCGACCUACCUGCCGAGCACCGUGGCGCCGGUGUUCGCCCUCACGCCCAGCCUCACGCCGACGUUGCAGAGCGUGCGGCUGCAGAAUAACGUGACUCCUCGAACUGCCUUCGCCGUAACGCCCACUCCCACCGCGGUCGUUCAGCACCUGCCGAUCAGCGGAAUGCACGCCGGUGUGCAACAGCUGAUAGUGCCGCAGCCGACCGUCCAGACGUUCCCGGGUUUCCUGCAGACGCCGGUCCACGCGAGCACGGAGUACCAGAUCCACGUGAACCCUCACGGAUUGCAGGGUCAGAGCUUGAUGAGCCAGGGUAACCUGCAAAGCGUACCGACAACAUCCACGCUGCUGUCCAAUCAGCCGGAGCACAGAAUCAUAUCGCCCGCUGAGGCGCACGGUAAGAAAAACGUGUACGCCACUUCCGGCGGGUCCGUGCUGGCCACCGCGAGUCUGGCCGUCGGCCAGAACGAGCAGAAGCAGCCGAGCAACGUGAAUUCGUAUUAUCUGCACAACCACAACGCUCAGCAAGUGGCGAGGCCUCAGGAGGAGGUGUAUCACGUGAUGAAGGGCAUCGACCUUCAGCCGAAAGCGAAGACGUUCUUCCAAGCGACUCAGGUGGUACCGACUGUACUGCAACCGAACCCAACUCUGAGCAGCCUGGCGGUGAGCACUCCGCAUUACGUCAAGCUGCAAGGCACCGACGAGGCUGUACAACAGUUGCAGUUCCAAAUAAACAGGGCGCAACUGUUGAAGAACGGCAGACUGCCCGGCGACAACAUGGUCGGCCACUCGAACAACGCGAACAGCGUGAACGCGCAUCUGCCGAACGUGGGUACUAAGAACGUCGAGAUUGUAAACCCGAACAUCAAGCCAAGUCCGGUCGACACGACAGUGAAUGCUUUCAACGCGAUGCAGUAUCCGGCGGCUGUUUUGACGACGCCUAUCCCGAUCUUCAGCACGAUCGGCCCCGUCACGCCGCAAACCGUCAAUCUUCAGAAUUACGUGGACUCCUUGGCGGAAACCGGCGUCAAAGCCAAGCCGUUAGGCACGGUGGACCUGAAAACGUCGCAGAAUCAGGAACGGCCGGUGUUCAAUCCGAUCAACUUCGUCCCGAACGUCGAUAUCAUAAAGAAUCAGAACUCUCUGAACAAUAAGUUACCGUCCAGCGAACCCGUCCAACAAGGCCUGAAUCUGGUACCCGUAAUGCCCGGCGGGAACUUUUUCAGGCCGUCGUAUUCGGCGCAGAACGAACUGAUAUUGAAACCGAAAUUGGCUUCGGACUUGCAGCAGUAUGCCGAGGAGAUGUUCAAGGAGUCCCUGAAGACGAUGUACAACUCCCAAAAGUGGAACAACGACAGAAAGCCGGCCGGGAACAGUUCGAGUAACUCCGAGUCGAGCGACUUGGCGAAACUUACGCUCGAACUGCAGAAGCUGAAAGCCUCGCUCUCGGAAUCGAAAUACAAGGAUCAGCUGGUAGCGCAUCAAAGCGAGAAUAACAUACGCACGACAGACCCGCCUAAAUCUUCCGGCGACAAAAAGAAAUCGGACGCGCUGAUGGCGACUCUGGAGCAACUGCUGAAGAACCGACCCUCCGGACCAAUACAUAUUUACCACGGCGCCGGCAGACCGGGUAAUCACAAACAAAAGCCUUCGGGAGACUCGAGUUUCGCUUUCCACGACGAAUUCCACGAUGACACUCACGUGCGGGAAUUCCUCACGCCGCCGAGACCGAACCGUUUCCGCACGAAAGGCGUCUUCCAGGAAAAACCGAUGAAGAACAAACGGCCGGCAGCUAUGAGGUUCAAGAAUGGACCGAGGAAAUCAUCAGGAAGGGGACACUCGUCGGCCAGACCGACCGGACUGGAAGCGUCCGCCAGUAACAUAAACAUACAUCUGGACGGAUCGCAUUAUCACAGGUUACCCUUCGACGACAACGUGGACUUUGAGACUCGGCGUCAGCCGUCCUUCGACGCGUACCCGACGAUAACCACGUCGUCGCCGGAAGCCUUCAGCAAUAUACUGAGCGAGCUCAGAGCGUCGAGUAACAAGGAUUACGACAUCAAUCAUCCCAGGAUACAUAAUCUUCUCGGGUUAUUAAUGAAAAACAAGCAACUGCCGAGCAGAGGCGCGCCGAACAAUUUUCGCGACAGGGACCACUUCCGGCAGUUCUUCGACCGAGAGAGGCGUCGGCUGCAGCAACAGUUUUACGACGACACCCUGAAGGAUUACAUCUUGGACAAGUUCGAGGGUGCGUCACAGUCCGGUUCGAUCGUCGACAGGAAAGUCUAUUCGGGGAACGGCGCCGCAUAA